AUGGAUUUGCGACUGGAAAAGUACAACUUGGACAAUCCGGAAGGAGUCCGUAUCGGCGGAUAUGAACAUCCAGUGAUGCUGAAACGCAGACGACUUCUCAACAUAUUGAGCUUGACCGACGAAGGCGAGAUACUCUAUAAAGAUAUGCCACAGCAAACAGCACAUCUGUACAAGAAGGAGAUUGAAGUACUCCAAGAAGAAGCAAAGAAAUACAUUAAAUAUCGAAUCUAUAAGAUUCAUUCUAAUUUCGACGUCCCCAACAAGCUCCUUAAAGCUUACAAGUACGUUUAUUUGCUCGAAGGGCCGGUCAGUAAGGAAGUCUAUGUUGAUGUUCUUGCUGUGAAAUAUGCUGAGACUGAGUGGUGCAAGAAACGGAUUGAGGAGUACCUGGCAUUCAAAUACGGUAGUCAUUUGCUCUCUCUUCAGCAGACAUCCCGUGAGGCAUUUUCAAUGAGAGGAAUGGUUUCAUGGUGCUGGCCAGAAUACGCGGAGUCGACGGUGAACUUCAACUUCUAUCAAAUGGAUUUCUGUCUGGAAAAGUACAAACUGGACACUCCGAAGGGAAUUCGUAUCGGCGGAUAUGAACAUCCAGUAAUGCGCCAACGCAGGCAACUUCAUAGAAUGUUGAGAAUGACCGACGAAGGCGAGAUACUCUAUAAAGAACUGCCACAAGAAACUGCGCAUUUGUAUGGAACGGAAAUGGAAAAACUCAAAGAAGAAGCAGAGAAAUACAUCAAAUAUCGAAUCCAUAAGAUUUAUUCUAAUUUCGACGUCCCUAACAAGCUUCUUCAAGCGUACAAGUACAUUUACUUCCACGAAGCGCCGGUCAAUAAGGAAGUCUAUGUUGAUGUGCUUGCUGUCAAGUAUGCUGAGACCGAGUGGUGCAAGAAUCGGAUCGAAGAGUACCUAGCAUUCAAAUACGGUAGCCAUUUGCGGUCGCUUCAGCAGACAACCCGUGAAGCGUUUUCGUUGAAGGGAAUGGUUCCAUGUUGCUGGCCAGAAGACGCGGAACCGAAAGAGGACUUCCUCUGUGAGAGUUUCAAACAUGACUGGACCAAAUACGAAGACAAGUAG